CGCAAACGUAUGCCGCAACUUCUUGGAAGCAUUGCGUGUAGCUCUCGUUUGAACCAACAUUGUGUAGCCAUUAUAUUUAUAGCAACGAGACGAUCGAAUAAAAUACUGGUGUAUUUACGACGAAUUGAGGGUAAAAAUGGCGUCGAAGGACACUGCAGGAUUGGAAGAUAUCGAAUUAGAAGAGGCAACUGAAGAAAAUUUAUACUUGCAUAUGGUCUCGGAGACACCAGACGUUCGCAUUGAAGUUGACUUACACAUAGCUAUCGUCGGAAAAAUUGGAAGUGGGAGAUCUAGUUUUGUCAACGCUAUAAGAGAUGUAAAAGAAGACGACGAGAAUGCGGCGAAACCUGAGGAACGUGAAGAUUCAACGCCCGAAGUAAAACGAUUUUUGUCCUACUUUCCACCGGAAAAUAACAAUGUCCAUUUUUGCAUACUACCCAGUAUUGAUAAUGUCAUAUCUUCCCAAUCCUACUUGACAAAUGCCAAGGUCGAGAUGUACGAUGUCUUUCUGUUGUUCGUUUCUGCUUCAUGCAAUGAACAGCUUUUGUCAAUCGCAAAGAAAGUUAAAAGCCGCCACAAGCCCAUCUUUUUUGUCCAAAUUGGCUUGCAAGGCGAUGCUGAAAAGGCAACCAUCUGGCACGAGUUCUCUCGCAUGGAACUGGAAUAUAUUAGUUCUAAAGUGUAUCGUAUUGAUGUUCAUCAACAAUACAAGCAUCAUUUUUGCGAACUAACGAAAGCGAUCGCCGACAUUCUACCGUAUUCUAAAAAGGAAAGUUUCAGCCAAAUUCCGAAGGUCGGAGAAUUAUUGGCCAUGCAUUAUUUUAAAGAGUUCGUGAAAGAAAAAGAGGAAAAGAAAAUUAUACCUAGUGGUAAUGAAAUUGAAAAAUUACUUGCGAAGAGUGGAAUUAUGGGUGUUCAACACAUGAUGGACGAAAGACUGAAACGAUGGGAAGAUGUCAAAAUCAACCUCGCUAUUCUAGGCAAUUCUGGUUCUGGAAAAUCUAGCUUUAUCAAUGCUAUAAGAGAAUUGAGAAGCUGUGACCCCCUCGGAGCAAGGUCUGGUUCAACAGAAACAACAAAAGUGCCAAAAUCCUAUCAACAUCCAACCAACCCAAAUAUCCUCUUCUGGGAUCUUCCUGGUAUUGGAACUCUAACGCAUCCCAAAGUCGGAAAGUUCUGUGAAGAAAUGAAAAUUAAUCACUUCGACACUUUUCUGAUAAUCGCCUCGGAGAGUUUCACAAAAUUCCACCGCCAGUUUGCAGAAAAAGUUACAUCAAUGGAGAAGCCGUAUUUCUUUGUUCGCUCCAAGAUCGAUAACGCCAUCAACGAUGAAAAUUUGGACAAUAACCUUGAUGAAAACCAGACGCUGGAAAAAGUGAGAAAAGAUUGUGUACAAAGCUUGCAAGGCACAAUCGCUAGCGAAGAGGACAUUUUCCUAAUAAGUAACCGCCAUCAAGAUAAGUGGGAUUUUAAUCGUUUGAAGAUUGCUAUCUGCGAUAAGUUCACGGCCAGUAUGAAAGAGUCAUUUAUCCUUUCGUUGCGUGCUAGCUCUGAAGAAAUCUUGCGCGCUAAGAUUGAAGUACUCGGAGAAAGGAGAUGGAUGGCUUCUGUUGCCUCUAUUAUGACCAAACUUGGCUUCGGGCCACUUUCCCUUUUCAUUGACAAGAAACGGAUAAAAAAAAGGGUUAAUUUCUACCGAUCACAACUUGGAUUUCCUGAAAUUGAUUCCGAAGAAUUCCAGAAGUUGUCAGAAGAACUACAGAAAAGAGUGGAAAGGUUUGACAUUGAAAGAGUGGGGAGGUCUGGCCGAGAUUUGGUGAAGUGGAUGAAGUCAAUUGAUCACUCUAACGAGUUCAAUAUAAGAAUACACAAACCAUUUAUAAUAACGAAGAAACCGUUUAGGUUUGUAGAUCUUUUCUUGCAACAGGUUUUACUGGAAAUGGAAAGUGCAGCAAAGGCGAUUUUACGCGAAACGGCUGAAAAGUGAUCGUUGAUACGAUGAUUCAUGGAAUUACAUGACUUUGGUGAUUUUCCCAGGAUCAGUCACAUUCAAUAAUAUUAUAGUUAAAUUUAUGAUAAACAUUUUGUUUUAUCAUUCAUAAUAGGUAUCGAUAGUAACAUUUUAUCUUUACGUACGUAGACAUGAAGAACUGUUGACACUUGAACAAAUAUAGCACAUAAAAAACAACAAGGGUUCAAAACUCCAAAGUCAGCCAAUAAUGUAAUAGCGUAAGUCAAUAGGUUAAUUAUAAUUGCAUGUUUCAUGUAUGAUUAACGUAAGACGGAGUAGUCGAAACAAGAAUAUAAUCCGUGAAAUACGAGGGGGUUCAAGUGUGAUUGUGUGU